AUGCUCGGUGGCUUCAGAUCUCCUGCGCAGCCCAAGCCACACGGACGAGCUGCCUGCACCUCCGGGGCCCAGGCACAUGGGCACACCUCCCGGGAAGCAGAGGAGGGCUCACAGCACCCCCGGGGCCCGGGCACAGCUCUGCUCAGCCUGCCAAAGCGGCUCCUCCCAGGCAACCAGCGCUCGCUGCUCGGGGCGCCUGAGGAGGUGAACGCGGAGAACACCAACCCAGGCGGAAAACACGGCGUGGAAACCCACCCGGCGCAGCAGGUACACGGACUGCCGGGGACCCGCGGCCUCCCAGGGUCUUUAUCCUCCGGUGCUGCCGUCACGGAAAGCGCUACCACUCUAGUUUCCACGGGAAACUUUAUCCCGCGUGUGACCCGGGGCCACCGGGGGAAAAAGGGCGAGGGGGCGGCGUGCCCAGAGACGGGCAGAGAGGGGCGCGGUGCGACGGGGGCAGAGGGAACGGGACCACGAGAUCGAGGGAGGGAGGGCAAUACCGGCUCUGCCUCCUUCUCCCCGACCGCCGCCCGUCCCCUACAAGGGAAGGGCCGGCGGCCGAGCCGCCCUGAGCGGGGAACCGGCGGCAGCGGGGAAACGCCGAGCCGGCCCACCGCUUCCACUGGAUUUUGGCGCACCGUGGGUGCAAGAAGCCCGCGCCAACAGGCGGAACAGGAUACUUUAGGUGAAUGCAGCAGCGCAGCGGGUCGGUGGUGCUCGGCGCCCGUCACCGGCUCCGCCCCCAGCCGGCGAUCCCGGCUCCGGCCCGCUCCUCCCGGGCGCAGCGCUGACCCGUCACCCUGCGGGCUCCGCCCUCGCCGCGCUGCGCGCUGGGAGCGGAGCGGAGCGGGGCCGAUGCUGCGGGGGGCCGCGCUGCUGCCCGCGCCCUGGGCGCGGCUGCUGCUGCGGCCCGCGCUGGCGGGCCGCGGCGGGCGGCGGGUCCCUCCGCGGGCCGCCCCGGCUGCCGCGGGCCGCGCCUGGGACGGGACCGGCCCGCGGCGGUGGCGGCGGUGCCGCCGGGCGCCCGCGGGCUGCGCUGGAUAUGUCGGGUUCGUCGGGGCCUUAUCGUGGCCGGCGCUGCUCGACUCGUGUGCCCGUGCGCGGUGCCGGCGGCUGAGGGCAGGGCACCGCGCCGCGAAGGGGAAGUGCGCUGUGCUGGGGGUAGAGCUGUCUUGUCUUCCUCCAGGUAAACUAUGCCAGCAUACCCCCACAGAGACCUCCCAGGCCACCCUAGCCAGCGUAUCUCCUGUUUUUGCAGUGAUGAAGUUUGACAAAGAGGGAAAUACUACCUAUUUUGAAAAGAAGAAGACAGAAUUGUACCAGGAAUUGGGUCUUCAAGCACGAGACCUAAGAUUUCAGCACGUAAUGAGCAUUGCAACUAGGAACAACAGAAUCAUCAUGAGAAUGGAGUUCUUGAAGGCUGUCAUAACACCAGAGUUUCUGCUGAUACUAGAUUAUCGUAAUUUGAGUCUGGAACACUGGCUCCUCAGUCAACUAGCAUCUCAGCUGGCUGGGGAAGGUCAACUAGUUACAUAUUCUCUGCCCUUUGAAUUCCGAGCCAUAGAAGCAAUCCUGCAGUACUGGAUCAGCAAACUGCAGGGGAGACUUAACACUUUGCAGCCUCAGAUCCUUGAGACACUGGAAGCUCUAGUGGACCCCAAGCUUUUAUCUGUGGAUAGGAGUAAACUACACAUUCUCCUGCAGAAUGGCAAGAGCUUGUCAGAACUGGAAACAGAUCUUAAAGUUUUCAAAGAAACAAUUCUGGAGAUCUUAGAUGAAGAAGAAUUAAUAGAAGAGCUCUGUCUAUCUAAAUGGACUGAUCCACAAGUAUUUGAGGAGAGUAUGUCUGGGAUUGACCAUGCAGAGGAAAUGGAGCUACUGUUGGAGAAUUACUACAGACAAGCAGAAGAUCUUGCAAAUGAAGCUCGUGAACUCAGAGUACUGAUUGACGACUCAGAAAGCAUCAUCUUUAUCAACCUGGACAGCCACCGUAAUGUGAUGAUGAGGCUGAACUUGCAGCUGACUAUGGGGACUUUCUCCGUCUCUCUCUUUGGCCUCAUAGGAGUUGCAUUUGGUAUGAACCUGGAGUCGUCUCUUGAAGAGGACCCCAGGAUAUUUUGGCUGGUGACGGGGAUUAUGUUUCUGGGAAGUGGUCUGAUAUGGCGACGCUUACUUUCCUUCCUUGGGCGGCACCUAGAACCUCCACUACCUCCUCACGUUUCUGCAGUUUUGAAAAAAUCCCAACCAUCAGCUGGAAGAGUGGAGAUAAAGAACAGCCUUAAAGCAGAACCAUUUGGGCUGAGCAGAACAUUACCAAACCAAUAGGAACAUAAGGAAUUAAGAGACUUCUGUUGUUACAGGGUGGACUUUGGACACUUUCCUUGCACUUGUUCUUCCUUACUGAAAACUACAAGAAUUUCUAAACUUACUAAUUUAAAAUAUAUUUUGUGCCAAAAAAAGUACAGUGAGAUUUUUAAUUCUUACACGCGAAAGGAGAGGAACACCAGGGAAAACAGCAACAUGCUUUACACAGUAGUCUAAUCUCCACUCCAUGUGUGUUCCACUAGUUUUCUGUAUCACAUACAUAUUUUUGGGGCAUUCUCAUUUUAUGUGUUUCUGUCAAAUACUUCUUUGCUUAAUGGCCCUUCUUACAGAGAACAGAAUUUUUUGCUUAAAGGAUGACAGCAUUCAGCAUUCAUCAAGUAUUCUGGGUUCUGAGCUGCAGAUUAAGGAAUCAGACUUCAAAUGUCAAAGAAAAAUCCACCCCAAGAGUGGAUUUUUAAAUGGAUUUUUAAGGCCCUAUUUAAUAGCAGAGAACAGAUUUUCCAAAGCAAAAAGCAUACCUGCAUCUUUUGGGAAGCAUGACUACUGAAUUGGCAGCAACCAGAAAUAAUAGUUUCCCUUAUUUUACAUGAGCAAUAACAGGCUUUGAAAUGUAGCUACAUAUCUUGGUUAUUCCCUAACAAUUAAUUUAGGCCCAAAACAUGCAGUUUUAGGAACAGGGAAAGCAGACUUAUGGAUAAUGCCCACUUGUGUUUGCCACCUGAUAAUAUUUCAACCAUGCAUUGAUACAGCUGCAGUUUAACAACUCCUCCUGUUGUCACGAGGACUGAUUCAAAUUCUGGUAAAAAUCAACAGAUGGGUUGUUAGUUUCUGCUAACUGGGCUAUGCUCUCUCUCUUCUCUCCAAGACAAAUGAUGGACUAGCCUGCACCACAGUAAGUAGCCAGGUUAGUAAAGGGUGCGGAAGCCUGGUAUCCUGUGAUGGACUGAAGGAUGGAAUAGAAGCCUUAUGCCCACUGUUUGUGUUUUUUCUUAGCACUUCUCUCUGAGGGCAUAUUUCUCCACUGGUUUCUCUCAGUCCAUAGAGGGAGCAUGAAAUCCUUUUAAAGGAAGUAAUAAACUGCCCAUUUCUUGUUUAGGUUUUUUUAACCUUGCUGUAAUAGUGAGCAGCUCCUUAGGUGUCACCAGAUAAGUCACUGUACUGGCAGGAGUUGGAAAAAAAAUAACUGUAGCUGUGAACAUUUUUACUUGGGACUAAUGAGUCAAAGAUGAAAAUAAAAAGGUACAUAAAGUUGUGCAA